AUGAUUCAAAUCAAAAAAAUCAAAAUACUUUUCGUUUCCACCGUCUGCGAGGCGAUGGCAUUGGGAAUUACGGCACUUACUGAUAAAAAGUGUACUGAUUUUGUGAUGCCGAAACCCCCGACGAUACGUCUCGGAAUGGGCGACUUCAUUUUCUACAGCCUGCUUGUUGGCAAAGCAGCGGCGACACACAGCGCGCUUUGUGUCAUUGGCUCAACGCUUGGCAUCCUGGUUGGACUGGUAAUCACAUUGGUCGUGGUACCCUCUGAUCAGGACACGGCCCCAGCACUGCCCAUUUCAAUCGCUCUCGCAAUGCUCAUACAUUUUGCCACGGAACUGUUCGUUGAACCAUUUUACAAACAAAUCACUACCGAGAAUUUACUACUCUGA